AUGCCACUGCAUAAAAGGUUAAUUGAACCAGUAAAUGUCAGUCGAAAUGUUGUGGCUGAAGGCAUACGCAACGAGUUGGAUUGUGUCAGCAACAGUACUCUGUCACACAUAAUAUUACAGCUCAGUUCACUGAGCAAGCUUUCAGAAGAUAUAUUUUUAGAGUUACAUGUGGAAACAUGCAAUAUUUUUUUCAAGACUUGUCACAUUUAUAAACGAGUAGAAUUACUAAAGCACAAGAUUGUACAACUGAAUCCAGUGGUUGAAGAAGUUUCGUUGCAUGAUAUCAACCAACGACUGCCAUUCAAAAGUGAGACACAAAAGGAUCAAGAAGUAGUAACAAUAUCUACCAGGCCCAGGGCCAUCAAUGAUGUCUAUCAAUGCAUUGAACCUGCACCACCACUCCAUCACCUGAAUCAAUUCAGAGAUGACGGCAGGGACAGUAUGACAUUUUACACAGAUCCGAGUUAUUUCUUUGAACUGUGGAAAUGUGAAAUGGUGAAGGAUGCUGAAAAUCAGAUGAAAAAGCAGCGUCAUAAAGUUAAAAAAGUGACUUCAUUUCAAUAA